UUCGAGUUCGGGCCUCGUCUUCCGCGGACACCACGCGGAGACGACGAACCUUGCUGAGAAGCAAGUGGAGCGAUUGAAACCCUAACCCUAAGUCACCCUUCGAAAACCCCUCGGCGGUUCAUGGCGUCGUCGCGGGUGAUGGCGUCGUCCCCGUCCGCGAACUCCGAUCUCACGCGCCAGUCAUCCGCAUGCUCCCUCCCCAUCGCGGACCUCCAGAGCUCCGUCAGUGGCGGCGGUGGAAGGGGCCUCGGAAAGACCCUCGGAUCCAUGAGCAUGGAGGACCUCUUCCGCAACAUAUACGGCGGCGGCGGGGGCGGCGAGGGGGGAGACCCGAUGUCGCGGCAGGGGAGCUUCGUGCUACCCAAGGUCGUCGGGGAAAAGGCAGUGGAGGAGGUGUGGCGACAGAUGGGCGCUGACCGGAGGCCGGACGGCGGGGACGGAUCGGUGGCGGAGAUGACGCUGGAGGACUUCCUGGCGCGGGCGGGCGCGGUGGGGGAGGAGGACGUCGGCGUUGCGUCCGGUUGGAGCCCGGUGAUUUUGGGGCCGAGUCCCAUCAUGGUGGAUCGGUUAGUCCAACAGCAGCAGUUUGCCGCGGGGUUGGGGAAAGCGGAGGGUGCUGAAAGGGGCGGGAGAGGGAAAAAGAGGCCGAUGUUGGAUCCGGUGGAUAGAGCCACUUUACAGCGUCAGAAGAGGAUGAUCAAGAACAGGGAGUCUGCUGCUAGAUCGAGGGAGAGGAAACAGGCUUAUAUUGCUGAGCUUGAAUCUUUGGUUACACGAUUGGAGCAGGACAAGGCGCAGUUGUUGAGAUCUCUGGAGGAGCUGAAAAGAACGAGGUUUAAGCAGGGACUGAUUGGUCUGGUGACGUUGGUUCUGAAUGCCUAUGCAUUAGUUAUCUGUUGAAUGAACUUUCCCCAUUGGCGUUAUGAUCAGCCGAUAUGUUUUUGGGCUAUUUCUCAUGUAAUUGAUGCUUUUUCUGCUUCAAACGAAUGAAGAAUAAAGCCCAUGUACUUGUCGUAUGCCUUUGGAUAAUCCACUUCUACUGUGACUUAGAUUGUGGUUUGAUGUACUUGAUGAAUGCAUGAUCUUCUGGAGCAAUCCAUCAUGAUGGUGCUUGUGUUUCAGCAGAUAAUUGUGCUUUCAGGGAAUUGGGCAUCAUAAUCUUUAGAACUUCUCAAUAUUUUCCUUUUUUUGUACACUGGUAAGGUUGUACCACCACCAGUAGUGGGUGCAUAAGAAGUAUAUGGAUCCCCUGAAGGACCCAUGGUAGAUAAGACAGGUUGCUAGAUGGCUGUUGGAAACCUUUUUACUGCUGUACGGAAAAGCAAAAGCUGGGGAGCUUACCUGUUAUAUGGAACAACAAUGUGUUUUGAUGAGGAGUAAUCAACAGUUGGUGAUAAGAGCACAGAUUCUGAGCUUGUGAUAAUCUCAACUUGUUACAUUCAAUUCAUACAUGCUAAAGGAAAUUAAAAUUUUCUGAAGUGUCAGUACCAAGUUUGAGCUUUUCUUCUUGACACCAGCAAUCACAGGUCGUACUUUGUGUAUUUGUUGAUCUCCUCUGCAUCUUUAUAUUUAAAAAAAGGAACAGUACAUCCCUAAGGCUGGGAGAACCCUAGAAUAUUGAGUAUGUUUAUUCCUUUUUUUUAUAGUUUCAAAUUUGUUCAUUUCCCUUCAUGUUAAUUUGUGUGUUCACAUUCUAAGAACAUGAAAUUUACUCAAUGAUGUAUGUAUUUCUUGGUCUCCUCUGCAUCUUUAUAUUAAAAGAAGGAACAGUACAUCCACAAGGCUAGGAGAACCAUAGAAUAUUUUGUAUGUCUAUUCCUUUUUUUAUACUUUCAAAUUUGUUGAUUUCCCUCCAUGUUAAUUUGUGUUUCCACAUAUUAGACCAUGAAAUUUACUCAAUGAUGUCUGUCUUUCUUGGUCUCCUCUGCAUCUUUAUAUUUAAAAAAGGAACAGUACAUCCAUAAGGCUAGUAGAACCCUAGAAUAUUGAGUAUGUCUAUUCCUUCUUUUAUAGUUUCAAAUUUGUUGACUUCCCUCCAUGUUAAUUUGUGUGUCCACAUCUAAGACCAUGAAAUUUAAUUAAUGAUGUAUGUCUUUCUCGGUCUCCUCUGCAUAUUUAUAUUAAAAAAAAGGCUGGUAGAACCCUAGAAUAUUGAGUAUGUCUAUUCCUUCUUUUAUGGAUUCAAAUUUGUUGAUUUCCCUCCAUAUUAAUUUGUGUGUCCACAUCUAAGAACAUGAAAUUUACUCAAUGAUGUAUGAAACCUGUGCCAAUCAGUUAUUUUGUUUAAAAAGUCUGCUGUCAUGCUGCAUGCUUGGUGAACUUUUUGAAUCUCUACCAUGUAGUCCUAAAAUUGGAAAAAGGAAACAAGAGUUUAGGCAAGGUCAUAUUAAAGGCUGGCUUGCACUAAAAAAAAAUCUUCUGAGUACCUGUCUAUUAUCUCACAAUAGAGAUGCAUUUUCCUAAUCACUUGUAGUUAUUAAUUCAUAGUUUAAAAUCAUU